CAUACCCUAACAUCCAGUCCUCUCUCUCUCUCUCUUCCUUCCUCCAUAUCGGUGACUUGUGCCCGGUGCUGGAAGGUUGCUGCCUGCCCCUGGUGAUGGCCUGCCUGUCGUGCCAGUGCUCCGUGGUUGUCCUGGGCCUGCUGGAGGCCUGCUCCUCCUGCCUCCACUCCCUCUGCACCUCCUGCUGCCGCGGCUGCGCCCGCUGCUGCACCGCCCUCCAGGAGGCGCCCGUGGAGGAGCUCAACUGCCACGCGCACUGCCAUUCCGUCCUUUUCGAGUCCUGCUGCGAGCCUACGGAGUGUCUCGAGUUCUGUCUGGAGUGUUCGGAGAUCUGCCACCACAGCUAGCAGUCUGUGUGUGCCUUUUUCAAGUUUGUUGGACCUAUUAUAGUUACAGUAUUGACCAGAAAUGUAGG